CUCUCCCUCCCUUUCUCCCUCUCUCUCUCUCUCUCUCUCUCUCUCUCUCUCUCUCUCUCUCUCUCUCUCUCUCUCUCUCUCUCUCUCUCUCUCUCUCUCUCUCUCUCUCUCCCUCUCACUCUCUCUCUCCCUCUCUCUCUCUGCCUCUCUCCAUCCCUCCCUCGCUUGCUCUGCUCCCUCCUCCUCCCUGUAUAUCUCUCUCUCUCUCCCUCUCUCUCCCCUCCUCCCCGUCUCUCUCUCUGUCUCCCCCUCUCUGAUUGUAAAUCGCGGCCAAACUCCUUCUCCGUCUCGAGUCAACGACCGCACGGAGCAUUCGUCUCCAUCGAACGUCCUCCGUCCACCUACCUUCCACCCACUGUGCCGCCGCCAUGUUGUUCUCAGGACCUGGAGGAGGAGCUUGAGCUGGGGCGGAGGCGUGUCUCUGAGGCAGAGGGCGGGGCUAAGCGUGCAGAGGAGGAGCUUGCCGUGGCCAAGGAGAGGCUACUGCUGCAGGAGGAUGAACUGCAAAGCACAGCAGAGGAGUUGCUGAGCCGUAGAGGCUGCCAGGUGUGUGUGUGUGCGGAGCUGGAGGAGGUGCAGAACCAGCUGAGUCGGCUUCAGAGUCGGAACAGAGAGCUGGAGCUGCAGAGCAACGGCAAGAAGAGCGACCAGGCCCGGCAGAUACGCCAGCACGCCGAGGCCCUGUCCAGCCUGCGCUCGGAGAUGGUGCGCGCCCAGACGGAGGAGCUGCGGCGCGUGCAGAAGCACGCCGACAACGAGCGGGACAAGCUGCAGAAGGAGCUGGAGCGCGAGCGGGACGCCCUGCAGCGGGAGCGGGAGCACGAGAAGGAGCAGACGGAGAAGGAGCGCCACCGGCUGCGUAAGGACCGCGACGAGGAGAAGCAGGCGCUGCUCAAGGAGGCGGAGGAACGCCGCGAGCGUCUGCGGCGGGAGGCGGACGAGGAGGCGGAGCGGCUGCGCAUGGAGACGGAGGUGGAGCGGGUGCGCGUGCGCUCGCAGCUGGACGGCCACCGGGAGCAGCUGGAGGCGGAGAAGGGCCGGCUGCAGCAGGCGCUGGAGGAGGAGAAGAAGCGGCUGUGGGAGAAGGCGGAGGAGGACCGCCGGCGGCUGAAGGAGCAGGUGCGGCGGGCCAUCGAGGAGGUGAUGAGGAGGCACGCCGCCGAGCUGCAGUGCGUGCAGGAGGCGCUGAGCUCCGAGAGGAAGACCAACCAGGAGGUGUGCGCUCGUCUGGAGGAGGAGAGGAGGAGCAACGGGGAGCUGCGGCGCGGGCUAGAGAGAGAGAGGGAGGACCUGAGGUCACAGCUGCAGGACGCCACCAACGAGACGACGCUGCGUCUCCAGUCCCGCCGGCUGGAGUCCGCGCGGAAGGAGGCGGAGACCAAGACGCCGGGCGCGGAGGAAGCCCCGCCCACCUGCGGCCCCGGCUGCUCGCGGCUGAAGGAGGAGCUGCAGCAGGCUCAAAGCCGAUUGGCCCGCGUGCAGCAGGACGGGGACAAGCACCGGGAGCGGCAGCAGAAGGAGCUGGGGACCCUGCGGGCCGACCGGCACCGGCUGGAGGAGAAGGUUCUGGAGCACAGCCGGCUCAACACCGAGAGGAGCCUGCUGGAGCAGAGCCAGCGCAAGACCGAGGACAAGAUCAGGGCGGAGUGCGAGGAGCGUCUGCGGGCGGAGUUCCGGAUCGAGCUGAACGCGGCGGUGGCGGAGGGAGAGCAGCGCUGGGCGGGCCGCGAGGAGGAGCUGCAGAGCCAGGUGGAGGAGCUCAGGGGCCAGGUGGAGGGGCCCCAGAGCCCGCAGGCCGAGAAGAAGAGGGCGGGUCUAGGUGAUGACUGCCAUGGCAACCCUGAGAUUGACAGGCUGAGGAAGGAGGUCCAGGACACCAAGGAUAUCAACAAGAAACUUAGAGAUCAGCUGCAGGGGCCGCACACGCAGUCCCUGGCCGAGGAGAGGCACAGCCACGCCAUGUCGCUGCAGGCCCUGGAGAGGCUGGCGAAGGACGACCUGCAGUCGGAGAGGAGCCGGCUGCAGACGCUGCACCAGCUGCAGCUAGAUAAGCAGCGUGCAGAGCUGACCCAGCAGCACACAGAGUGGAGCCGGCAGAUGACCCAGAGACACAUGCAGCAGAUAGAGGACCUGCAGGCCGAGCUGCAGACACACACACAGAUGAUGGCCCUGCAGCAGGACCUGAAGCAGCAGAACCAGUGGCAGGUGUUUGAGCGCCAGCUGGAUGAGAGUGGCUGUCUGGUGCUGGAGCUGCAGAGGGAGAACGCAACGCUGAGGGAACAGCUCAAGGAAAGGGCCAUCCUGGAGAAAUCCGAGACGGAGGAGAAGGAGAAGGAGAAGGCGGAGUCGCUGAAGCAGCGAGACGCCCAGCUGGAGGAGGAGGCCCAGCGGCUGAAGGAGGAGGUGGAGAAGCUCCGGGUGGAGAUGGAGAAGCUGGAGGAGUCCCAGAAGAACUGGGAGGACAGGAAGGAGGAGGAGACCAAGGAGGAGGAGGACGAGCUGCGGAAGAAGGAGGAGCACGAGCGCAGGCGGGGCGAGGUGGAGGAGAUCCGGAGGAAGCACCGGAAGGAGCUGCAGAGUCUGGCCUCCGAGUACAGCAGCGCCCAGACGCAGCUGCAGGCCCGCAUCGCCGCCCUGGAGACGGAGCUCCGGGAGCGGGAGGACAGGUGCAGGAAGAGAGAGAGCCGCUUCGACGACCUGCAGUUAGGACGGCUUCAGGACAGGCUGACCGAGAGAGACGAGCUCAUCAAGCAGCUAGUGGACGAGCGCCACCUGCUGCAGGUGCACCCCCCGGAGUCCGGGGACAACGGCAGAGAGAGCGCCUGGCUCCGCGAUAAGCCCCGCCCCGGCAGCACCACGCCCACCAUGGGGAGGAAGCAACCGGAGGAGCCGCCGCCGCGCCUGGGCUCCGCCCCCGCCGCCGCCUCCUCCUCCUUCGACCGGGUCCUCUUCCCGCCGCACUCGGCCUCCCCGCCGCUGACGCAGCGCGCCUCCUCCACCCUCCCGCACUCCUCGGCCUCCCACCCCCACUACUCCACCUCCUCGCUGCCGCACAAGCACACGCCGCUCUCCCUGGGGCCGCACGCCUCGCCCUCGCUGCCCCGCUCGGCGGCCCGCGCGCACCGCAGCUCCUGCACCCCGCCCACCCCGGCGCCCACCGCCCCGCUGCCCGUCUGCCCCUCCCCCCAGAUGGGCAUCCGCUACGUCAAGCCGUCGUCCCGGGAGACGCGCCUGCACCCGCCGCAAGGCCAGCACGCCAGGGGGUCCUACCUUGAGAGCAGAGGUGGCGGCGGGACGGAGGGGGUGAAGCAGGAGUGGUACACCAAAUACUUCUCCUUCUGAGGGACGGACGCCCCCCCCCCCACCCAACACACCCGCACAUAAACGGUCAUCGCUUCAGUUCAUCGCUUCUCAACACACAAGGGCCUUACACUAUGAAGACAGCACAUGAUGGGAUGGCGCUCUUCCAAUGGCCCCCUGCGUCGUCACCGAGGGGGUUCUCAACGUGUGGAGUUGACUCAGGGUUCUCCCCCCGCCAUUCAGAGCACAAAUAAGGAGCCAACAAAGUACGAGCGAGAAAAGAGGACAGACCUACCUGCACACAUGAGCAUGUUGAUUGUAAUCGUUUCAAAAAGCUCUGCAUCGGUUUUUUUGGCGGGGAAAACAAGGAACAACUGAGAAUGUGAAAUUGUAAUUAUUACUCCCACAAUCACUUAAUUUAUUUUUUAUUGAAAACGAUGAAAAUAAAUGUUUUGAUGCUGCCAGAUGCGGAGAAGCGUGUGAGUGAUUGCAGAAGUGAAUCCAGUCACUGGCACCUUCAGUGGUUUCAAAAAGUACAACACAACACCUUUGGCUUCCAUUCACACGCCUUUGUCAACCGGCGGCCAUUUUUAGACCGAUCCAUAUUUUUAUUCUCCUGUUCAAAAUGAAGUAAGAAAAGAAAUGAAAGCGUUUGUUCCGAUACCAAGCUGCUACAGCAGUGUGCAGAUGUAAAGACUUCAAAGAUUAGUUGUAAUUGUUGAAGCCGGACGAAAAAAGGUGGAUAAAUAGGUUUUUGUUGUUAUGGCGCUUACCAGUCAAUACACUGAGUCCACACGCCUGCAGGUUGAGAUAAGUUACGUUACCCCGGUGACAGGCCGCGUUGAUGAGUCACGCCCAUAUUAGGACGGUGAACGAAGAGUUCAGAAGACAGCCGCAAACCCCAUGCUCUUUGCUUUGUAGUAGUAGAGGCCUCUCCACCCUUAAACCCACCCUCACGCACACGAGCACAUCGCCUCCACCCGCAACCUGACCAGCAGGCUCCAUCCGUCUACAUCGCCUCAAAGCUCAACCAAAAAGUGCUUCUCCAGAACAUGCCUGACCUCUUCUGACAAACACAACCGGGCGUCCGGUCUCCAUCCAUUUUGGGAUGCCUUAUCGUUUGAAUUCAUUUUAAGUCUUCCUUUGUAAAAAAAAAAAAAAGAAUAAACUAAAACGAACAAAAAGGGAUAUAUAUCUAUAGAUACAGAAACAUACGACACAUUGUUAACAAUUAUU